GAGAGAGGAGAAGGAGAAGAACAGCUGAGGCUGAGAAGUGCUGUACGUCAACAUCCUGUGAUUAUCAUUGCUUGUGUAUUUAUUGGAAUUUCAUUUGAGAUGGAUCGACUGAUUAGGAUGGACGGACAAAAGUUUCCUUUCACUAUUGAAAACAUAUUGAGCAAAUAUCCAAACGGCAACAGUGAUAGAUGGACAUGUACGACAAGUGGUGCUGGACUAAAUGAGAGUACAGUGAGUCCUGUUGGAGACCAGAUAGAGACUGUUCAUCACACCUGUGUGUGCUGCUGCUGCUGCUCCCACUGUGGAGACAUACUCCGAUCGGAUUUCAUACACGAAGACUUCCUGCCUGCAGUCUGUCAGUACGGAUGGCCAUCAGCAAUACUCCCAAACCCAUCGUGUAGGCAGGGAGAAGGUCACAGAGAGGAGCAGUUACCUGCUCAGGUGCAGAGGAGGACCAGACGCCACCGCACUAUUUUCACAGAGGAUCAGCUGGACGCACUGGAGGAGCUGUUCCUGCAAAAUCAGUAUCCAGAUGUGAACAUGAGGGAGAAAUUAGCUCAGUGCACUCACUUAAGAGAAGAGAGAGUGGAGGUUUGGUUUAAAAACCGAAGAGCAAAGUGGAGGCGUCAGAAAAGACUAUCAUUUGCUGUUGGAAAUACAGAAAACUAAACUGUGUGUGUGUGAUACAAUUUUGCUUUCUGCAGUUGUUAUGCAGGUUAUGUUUUCAGCCACGUUUGCCUGUUCAUCUCAAAGAACUCAAAAGUAAAAGGUGUAUUUUGAGUACAUGUUUUGAGAUGUAUACGUAAUGACCCUAUGGAGACAUUUAUAGAUUUUGGUGGUGAUCUGGAAACAGAAAGGCAUUCUGGGUUUUUCAAAACAACCGUGUGAGAUAUGGGGGUCUCUUGACACUGUAGCAAACUGAAGGACCUCUGCAUUCUCUGAGUGCUUUCUCUACUUAUCUCAUAUGAUAGCCAGAUUUCUUUCUCCCACAAAAUAAACAGACAUGGUUUUUUUUUGUGUCAGUCAAAUCAUGUGACUCUCUUGGUAGCUGGCUUGUUUAUUGAGUACAUGAUAGAAAUACCAGCAGCAUAUGUUAAUACUAAUUGUGAAAGGUAAAAUGAGUAUAUUGAUUGUUCCAGUUGGGAUCUGUUGUGGAA